CUGGUCUUUUAAAAACAAAGGGUAGACUCUGAAAAAGUCAGUGGAAAAGAAUCUGGAUCUUCUCAAGAACCUCUAAUGGGCAGUUGGGAGCUCUCCAGAAGCUGGAAAACUCCAACUAAUUGAAGUAGAAGAAGCUUUGCCUCAAGGGUCUUCUAGGUUAAAUUAAAAGGAAUACUGAAUAGGAAGAAUAGCACGAGCAUUAACAAUGUUCACCUGUGGGAAACAGGUUAACUCAGCAUGUAGAUUUAUAUUUCUUUUCUCCAUUUUUUUGGUGACCUAUUACUGGAGGAAAAGUGUCCUGCAAGAUAAGGUGAUUGUGAAGACGUGGCAGGAACAACAAGACAAUCAUCCUUGUAAAGGCCAAGGGUAUUUAACUAACACCACAAUCACUCCACUCAAAGAUAAAAACAGCUUUAUCAUAGCCCCCUAUUUUGACAGAAGGGAUGGAAAUUUCAUCCGUAUUCUGAGUAUUGUUCACCAUAAAAAAGUCAAGGAACUUUACUGCAUCUUUUGCUGUCAAAAUAGCAAUACUAGUUGUACAGUGAAAGCAAAGAUAGACAUCCACUCAGACCGAUUUGGAUUCCCAUAUGGAACAACAGAUUUGCUUUGCCUUAAGCCACAAGACUGUUACUCCCAGUUCAUCUCUGUUCACCCCUCCGUGGAUCCAGAGGCUACCCAGCUGCCAUUAUUUCCAGUCCAAAACCUCCACUCAGAGAGCCCCUCCCUGGAGUUCACUGUGUGCAUUUCUACCAUGUUUGGAAAAUACAAUAACGUCUUGCAGUUUGUACAGACCAUAGAGAUGUAUAAAAUCCUGGGGGCACAAAAGGUGAUGAUUUAUAAGAACAGUUGCAGCCCACUCAUGGAGAAAGUCUUGGACUAUUAUAUCUCUGAAGGCACUGUUGAAAUCAUUCCUUGGCCGAUCCAUUUGUACCUGAAAGUUUCAUCUUACUGGCAUCACUCGAUGGGUGGCAAAGAUAUUGGCUACUAUGGGCAAAUUGCAGCCUUGAAUUACUGCCUUUACCGUAACAUGUACAGAAGCAAAUACGUAGUGCUCAUUGAUGCUGAUGAAAUGAUUCUCCCCAUUAAGGAUGCAGACUGGAAAUCCCUAAUGCAAAGACUGGAAAAGGGAAAUCCAAGAGCUGGGGUUUUCCUGUUUGAAAACCAUGUGUAUGGUAAUAGCCUAUUUUCCACAACUCCAUUCAACUUCUCAUCUUGGCAUGCUGUGCCUGGAGAAAACAUCCUUGAAUAUAUCUACAGGCAACCAAAAUACAUCCCUGCGGUCAGGAAUAGGAAAAUGGUGAUUGACCCAAGAAAAGUGGUUCAGACAUCGGUCCACAAAGUUAUCAAGAAGUAUGGGGUUUCUGUGCAGGUUAACAGCGGUAUUGCCAUUCUCUUCCAUUGCAAGAGACCUGCAAAUAAAAAUUUGGCCAAGGAAUCCAUUGUUCCAAACAAAAUCCUCUGGCGUUAUAGCAGCGCUUUGAUUCCCAACAUUAACAAAGUCCUGCAUAAAUCAAACAUUUUAUAAGCCAGCAAUACAACCCUAGGAUGAAAAACAUGGAGGCCUUCCAUGGAAGCAGUGCAAGUAGCGUCAAUAUUUUAUCUAUCACUACAGAGACUCAAAGUAUUCUGGGAUAGACUUCUCCACCCCGGCAUAUGCUCUCUUUCUCUGGUCCGUAGCUGACAAACUCCAACCGCAGUGCAAGAUGGCAUCUUUUCAGCUGAAGCACCCGAUUUUUGGAGCUCCCUCCACCAUGAAGAUUGCUUGAUUGGAUAUUUCUUUUGAUACAGUUCAUUAAAGAG